GUGCUUUUUCCACCGCGUUGUGCAGAACGGUAGCCGCGUAGUAGCGCAUGCUGAAAGCCGCCCCGCUAUCGAUCCGUCCACGGUCCCGAGCUUUCUCUCGCUUCUCUUCACAAGCCUCGCGAACGUCGCCACCGAACAACCGUCCCGGCAUACGUAUCGCGUGCGAUUUUAUAUAUAUUACCGCGUAACAACAUAUCCUUCCUCGUUCUUCCGUUUAAUUUGAUUGUUGGACCCAUCGGGGAGUGCAUCAAGGAGGUAGGAUCAGCAGCGGCAGCGUUAUGGCACGUCGGGGCGAACACUGCAGGGCGAUUUUCCUAUUGUGGUGUGUCUCGGGCAUAGCAUUUAGUGUCCCCGUUCCUUCGCCAAUGCCGCGACAAGUGGACGAGCACCGUUAUACCACACGCAGAAUGCCGAAAGUCUACCUGGAGUAUCCUACUCCGAGGACGAGAUUGCCCUUGCCGAUAGUCAAUUCUGAACUCAAAACAACCACGAUCGUGCCAUCAACUACGUCGACCACGCACAAACCGUUUUCCACGGAACAACCCUUGUAUCGGUUAGAUGGAAGCAAUGGACAAGCUUGCAUUCUUCUUCAAGUAGAUGCGCUUAUCACUAUCAAGUAUCGCACAAGACUCGGCGAAGAUCAAGAAGCGGAUAUCUACGUGCCUGACGAUGCAACUGUGACCGGAAAUUGCGAUAACGAAAACACGGUGACAAUGUCAUUGAAGUGGAAAGCCUUUGUACUAUCUUGGAGUUUCGCUAAGACACCAGGUGGUGAACGUUGGUACGUCGAGAAAAUCGAACUGACCUAUAACUCCAGUGACAAACACUUCGAACACAUUGCUCAGCCAAAUAAAACUAUUCGAUUAAGUACCGGUCAGAAACAUAGUUCCAUGCUGUUUCCCACACCAGUUGGAAAGUCGUAUGCUUGUUCCGAAGAAACCGAGAUUCCACUUACCGACGGCAAAAAUCAUGCCAGCGUACUUUUGAGAGACAUGAAGCUGCAACCAUUCAAGUUCAAGAACAACGAGUUUGCUGCCGAGUUUUCGUGCACUUCUCUAAGCGCGAGGGCCAACAGGGACGAGACUGCACCAGUUGCAGUCGGCUCUACGUUGGCCGCCGCGGUUCUCCUGACGAUCACCGGCUACGCGGCCUACCGAUACUUCAAAGUGAAAAAGGUUAAAUACGAUACGAUGGAGUAAAGAAUAUCCAGGGAUCCCACUGUCACAUCGAUGCCAAAAAAACACGUAUCGCCAAAAAUCGACGCCGUUCGCGAGCGACACGUAGUUUUUCCCGACACUUCGCGCUAGUCAUUCCUGGAGAAAAGGUGCAGUAUAUUUGUUUUUCAAACUUUUAUUUUUCGGAUAUUUCUUUUUUAUUAGACAUAACAUACAUAUCAACACACAUAUCUUGUAAUUAUCACAGAUCUGCGAUUAUCUUCGAUAGCGAAUCUAAAGAGUCGAUUAACGAUUAAAUUAAGUCCGGCUUAUUGCUAGAGCUGGCUCCGUGAAACAAAAUAUGCAUAAAAAUCUUUUAGAUAGUCAUCUCUGAAUACGUAUCCAGGAUAUCCUGUUAUAAACCUUACAAAAUAUUUAAAAUUUUUUUUUAUUAAAAAAAAAUAAUAGUCUCAACAUAUCAAAAUAAAUAUUACAAAUAAU